AUGGACGAAGGAGGAAUAGGACUCGAUAGUUCCGACGAUAUCCAAACUCAAGUCUUCAAGACGACUCUUGCCGAAAUAGAAACAUCUCGAGAAAAUCCAGAGGAGCCUAGCGAGUCCCACGACUGCUGCGUCAUCUGCCUCGACGCCAUCUCCGACCCUUGCGCUGCUCUCCCCUGCGGCCACGCCCACUUCGACUUCAUUUGUCUCAAAGCCGAAGCAUUCUACCGCGUGCCCAACACUCCCAGGAAUCGCCACGAGCAACAUGAUACACUCCUCGACACGGCAGGCCAAAGGCGAUUUACAUCUCACAAUGACUUACUCCGGGAAACGGAGAGAAGGCGGCGAAGGCCACCACCCACCGUGGACGAAGCCAUCCUGCGCCGCCGUAACAUCUAUCAUCACCAGCUGUACUCCCUACGUAAGAACACCACCUCCCCCUCCUACGGCGAGCCAAACACCAACCAGCCUCUCUUCUCAGACAUAGGAUCCAACCGGAUAUCCCGAUACCGCCCACCACCGACUCCGGUACAGUUCAGCUCCACGCCACACCUCGUUUCCCGCGCCCGCCUCUGGAUCCGCCGCGAGCUGCAAGCCUUUUCCUUCCUCUCCGACCCCGACCCCGACGACACACCCAACACCGCCACCCCCACCACCACAACCUCACAAUCCCACCACCAACAAUCCCACCACCCCACAUACCGCCCCAACCACAACGCCGAGUUCCUCCUCGAGUACAUCAUCGCCAUCCUCAAGACCGUCGACCUCCAAGACAGCGCGGGCCAGGCAGAGGCAAUGCUCGCCGACUUCCUAGGUGGGGCAUCCACGGCACGCCUCUUCCUGCACGAGCUGCGCAGCUGGCUGCGUAGCCCCGCGCCGGGGCUGGCGGCGUGGGAUCGCGAGGUGCAAUACCCCGCGGCGCGGCGCGAAGCAGAGGGGGGAGGAGGGGAGGGGCAGCAAGGGGAAGGGUUGGAGAGUUACAGCCGUCGCCGUCGUAGCCGUGGUUCGGUUGGUGGUUGUGAUCGUGGGCAGGGUGAUGAGGACGAUUGGGGUGGGGUGUAUGAGGAUGGGAGGGGGAGGUCGUGGCGGGACCGGGGAGGGGAUCACUGGCGGGCGGGGACUUACGUGGGAGAGUGGGGGAACAGGAAGGAGAAGGGACGGUGA